CCCUCUCUUGGCUGCGGCUCCUUCGCCUCCCUGGCUGGGGCUUCUCCAGGAUUCCGGCCAGCGCCAAUCAGGUCUCUGGGUACCUGCCCCCAGCGCGGCCACCUGGAGGAGCGAUGAGGCGCUCGGCUCCGCCGGCCAGCGCUGGAGCCCGCGCCGGGGAGGGCAGAGGAGCCUCACGUGGGCCUCCCGCCGCCGGCCCGGAAGGACGCGCGCAGAGCGGUGGGGACAGCGCGGGAGCCGCCGGCGGAGGAGCAGCUGCGCCGCGGCCGGAGGAAGGCGGAGGGCGGGGCCGCGGGCGCCGGGGUGCCGGCCGGGGAGCACCUUCGAGGCCGCCUCUGCACCCAGGGACUGAUGCCCUUGGCCAUGAUGCACCCCCAACUGCUAUCUGCUCAGGCGCAGCCUGCGUGACUGAGCCACCGCUGCUCCAGCUGUUUCACAGUUUGAUGGGGCAUCGGGCGGAUGACAGCGGGAACAGUUGUGAUCACUGGCGGAAUCCUAGCUACAGUGAUCCUCCUCUGCAUCAUCGCUGUCCUGUGCUACUGUAGGCUCCAGUACUACUGCUGCAAGAAGAGCACUGAGGAUGCAGAUGAGGAGGAGGAGGAGGAAGAAGAGGAGCACAACUUUUCAGUCCAUCCCAGAGGCCCCACCUGCAAUGCCUGCACUUCCCAAGCUCUGGAUGGCAGAGGCGGCCUGGCGCCUCUCACCAGCGAGCCCUGUAGCCAGCCAUGUGGGGCAGCAGGGAGCCACUGCACCACCUGCUCUCCAUACCACUCCCCUUUUUACAUACGGACAGCUGACAUGGUGCCCAAUGGGGGUGGAGGCGAGAGGUUCUCCUUUGCUCCCACAUACUACAAGGAGGGGGGACCUCCCUCUCUCAAACUGGCAGUGCCCCAGAGUUACCCGGUGACUUGGCCAGGCUCUGGGCGUGAGGCCUUCACCAAUCCAAGGGCUAUUAGUACAGAUGUGUAACCACUGCACUCCCUGACCUGCACACACACCAACACUGCUGCCCCAGCAGGAGCCAUGGGGACAGUGGAUGACCCUCCAACAGCCCCACAAGAACAUGUUCAAAAGUUUCUUUGGCUUUUCUUGCUCCAUAGCAGAGGGUUCACCAGGAUUUGAGCUAAUUGAAUGCAUGGAGAACGAGGGUUGGGGCUGGCUCCAAUCCAGAACCCAAAGCUGGAGACUUAUCUAUUGACUGAUUCUGCAACUUCACCAGUUUCUCUGUUGGGACUUCCGCCCAACAGCCAUAGUGCCACCACAACCCCUUCCAGAAAGCCCAAACCCCUGGCUUUGCAAGGCUAUGAAAAGCCCCCGAGAAAGCUAAGCUAAGGCUACAGUGGCUUUCAGAAUCCUUGGGAAAUAAAGUAGCUAUGCCUACAAGAAAAGGAGACAAAGGGCUAAGAGAAAAGUGAGGGCUACGUAGUCUAGAAUUUGAUAUGCGAGAAGGUACAUAAAAAGGACUUCCUUAAGACUAGCUUGCUGAAACGCAUCCAAGAGCUAAUCUGUAAUUUAGUUUUGUACUUUGGUUAUUGGUAUUGUCACUGUGGCUGCACCAAUAGGGGUACUGAUCACUGAACACAUCAUUUCUGCAUCUGCUCUCUCCUCAUGGAACAUUAUCAAGUUGACUUUAAAAGGGCCAUAUAGUGUAUGGCUUUCAGUGGGGACUGUAUCAAAAAGCAUCUGUCUAAACUUGUCUCCUCCAAAUCCUUUUCUUUCCCCACUAAGGAACCAGCUGCCCCCUGCCAAAGAAGCUUUUUCAAGUUUUGUUACUAGAGUUCCAGAAGCAUAGCUAAAGAAGUCUUGCUGACUGUCUCAGGCUGUGGGCCACCAUGCUGAAUGCAUCCCAUUUCCAGGUGUGCACACAUACCCAUAAACCAAUCACCAGACUUUGCCAUUUUCAGGAGCUGCAGAGAGUGGAAGGGUCCAGGGGCACCAACUAGGAAAAAAAAUCUGACCUCCAAGCAGUAAGAACAAAAGGUGAUUAAGGUAGUAAGUCCCCAUGACAACCAGCCAGCUGGUAAAGGAAGAGCCUGGCGUCUCCAUAGGAAAUUCUACAGUGGUUGAAGCUGCCCAAAUAAGCUCCCAUAGAGACUGCUGCUCUACUUAAGCAUCCACCUGUGACUGUGGGGCAAAACUUCACUGCACUAGGACCAACUGCCCCUACUCCUAAGCACAGGAGAGGACAGCUCCUGAGAACUGGAUGUGUCUUAGUGGCCACUGCACUCCCUGCACUCCAGAGAUGGACUCUUUUUUGCUGCCCUACUCUAUCCCAAUUCCUGCCUAUAACAUAGCAGCAGCCUUAUGCUUUUUAAAUAAGUAUGCUUGAUGAGUUUUCAGACACCUUUGCAGUAAAAUAUGGCUGCUCUCCACUUCUAAGGCGUAGCUAACCACCACCUCACUCCUGUUGCAGAGGAUGGCACAGGAUAGGGGCUGUGCUUUCUGCCAAAAUCUUGAUUUUGCAUUUAACAAAGAGUAAAGAGCAGCUGGAGGAGUGGGACAGAGAUUGGAAUGUCCACCUUUUACAUCACUCUGUUUGGACCUAGAAUUAAUAACAAGCUGAGAAGCAAAAGACCUGACUUCUGGCCACAUUUUGGUCACUCAUUAGGUCUAAGACCAUUCCCUUAUCUUGUCUGAGACCCCACUUUCUCCAGGAAAAAUAGGUUUACCCAGGUGUGUGCUAAGAGUCUUUAGUCCUUAAUGAAGAUCUCCUAAAAAGAUCUGCCAGGCAGGCCACUCCCUCAUACCCUCAUCCUGGCAGGUGCUGGUACUCCCAGGUGUAUAAUCCAGUGUAAAUGCAUGUUUGCUGAGGAAUGAAAGACUGCAAAAUUUUUUAAAAAGAAAAAAAAAAACACCCAGUAACAACAAAAAACCUGAGAUAGUAAAGCAAAAUCAUUAAUUGCUAGUAAAGAGCAGCAUGUUUGUCUGACCCCCUAUUGAGUGAUCUGAAAUGCAGCACUGACCUUGUACCAGGAAGUAGCUUUAAGUGGGUUAAUGAAAUCUGUCUCCCAGUGCAGAGCAGCAACUUAGGAAGCAGCUUUAACCCACGCAUCCCACUGCCAGCCCUUCCUGGGCCAUGUGCAACUCCUUGAUGAGCUGUGGGCCUGGCAGCCCUCCACUUCCUGGCAACCAGCCCAGUGCCUUGUCCCCAUGCAAUUCCACAGCCAAUCCACCAGCCAACCUACCACCUUCCUCACCAAAAAUAACACCACCAUCAUCAUAUCUUCUGUCUUUGCAAAAAUCAGGACAACCCACCUGCUUCUUAUUGGGGGUCCCAGAGUAUAAAUCAUCCCGUGCUCUCAUGUCUCCAUUUGUAUCCCCAGCUUAACUGCACUUAACUAACAGUCAAACUCUGGGUCCUAUGCAUUAGACAGCAGACAGGCCACAGCUCUUCCCCACACAGCCCCCAUUGCUCAGGGCACAGGCUCCAUCCCAGACUCAAGAUGGCCUGCUGACCUCACUGUAGCUGUGAGGGCCUGCUCUGUAAAGAAGGAGUUCACCCCACCCAACUACACUAUCCUUUUAGCUGUGGAGACUGCACUAUGGGGACACUAUUUGUACACUCUUCAAACUGAACUCUAAACAGGAAGAGGAGGACGAGAGGCUGGAAAAUGCCCAAUCCUCUCUGCUAUCUUUUUCCAGCUCCACAUCACUACUGUUGCUGCAGAUUUCUUGUCUUGCAUCUUUGAUAACUUGGAAUCACAACCAAGUGAAUGUCAAAAUAAAUGCGAAAUUUGAAA